AAAAUUAUUCCUUCGCACACUCCAUCACUGGCUGCUAGAAUGUUUCUAAUGAAUGCGCCUCCUGUGGUUUCCCUGCAGUCAAAAUGGGAGUCUUUUGGACAGCCAGGAAGUUUUAGAUUUCCGGCGUGCUUCUCGGAAUCUGAAGAUGAUAUUGCCAGAGCAUCCGUAAGCGCAAAAGUUCAGAUGAUCAUAAACAACCUGCAAAGCGAGGAGACUUCCUUGGGCGUGAACAAUGAGUGUAUUAUGCAGAAGAAUCAAAAGGUAGAUCAGCGCAGUGAUGCCAGACCUGCAACCAAUGCUCUGACAUGUAAAGAGUACCAUCGUUGCUCCGCCGAGUUUGACGGCCCAGAGGAGAAAGGGAUUUCUGAAUUUGGGCCCCUGGUUUUGGAUUCAGAUAGUGAUGAUUCUGUGGACCGGGAUAUAGAGGAAGCCAUUCAGGAGUACUUGAAAAAGAAGAGCCACCCCGUCCAGUCGUUACCAAACGAGAAAGAGCAUUCAGGUACUACAGGUGAGGAGAGCAGAUGCAGACCAGACCUCUCCCAGAAAAGCGUGACUUCCGGCCUACUCUCUGUGAAGUUUAAAGCAGGUGUGGUCUCGGAAAGCUUCAUCCACAACCGCUUGGAAGUCGAUGACAGGCUGAGGUCUGUUUCUCCUCUUAGUGUGAGUAGCGACGACUCUUUCGAACGGAGCAUCCAAGCUGAAAUCGAACAGUUCCUAAAUCAGAAGAGACAACGGGAAAUCCACAAGCAUGAUGAUUCAGUGAAUCAGAAACCAGAGAAGAGAGAGUCCCCCGUGAAAUCAGCUUUUAAAUCAAGCAAAGAAUCAACCAGCAAGCCACGUCGCCAGGCUGGGAAGCAAGACUGUAAGGAGCUGCUCCUCGGACCAUCCUCGGGGUUGGAGAAAACGGUUCAGACCAAGGACUUGAAAUCUAAGGUCAGUGCAGAACCUGAAAACUUGAGUCAAGCCGAUGAGUUCCCUUUGAAGCCCGGAGCCCCUUGCUGCCCCACGGAAACAGCUCCGAAUAAAAGCGAAGGUAAGAGCACUGUCUGGGCAACUCAAAGGGGACAGAGAACCAAAAGUCUGGCUUUAGAGAAUGAUCCCUCCGACUCCAGUAGCGAUGAUGGCAUCGAGGAAGCCAUCCAGCUCUACCAGUUGGAGAAAACAAGGAAGGCCACCAAUCUUACAGUGGACUGUGGCCUGUUGCAGGACGCACAGCCCCAGCCAGAGAGUAGGGUAACAUUUUCCGAAAGCUUCUCGCUGGGUUCCCCAAAAAGUGCCUUGCCAGAAAACCAUAACAGACCAUUACGGAGCAAAAGGAAAAGGGUGACUACGAAAGUUACAGAAUCGGGCCAGGGAAGCAACAGCUCGAGCAAACUCUUGAAACCACUGAAAGAAACCAAAGUUUCUACACCUCCGGUGAACAAAAUCGCCAAAUGUGAAUUUCCAACCCAGGUCUCCUGCCGAGCCGACUCAUCCGCUGAGUUAAUAUGCGCGGAAGCUAUUCUCGACAUUUCCAAAACCAUAAUGCCAUCCCCUGUGGAAAGCGGCGACAGGUCGCUUUCCGCCAACCCUUUCCUCGGUUCCCAAAGCGUGCCUUCCCACCCUGUCGGUGACGACAGCUCAGUGGACAGCGACGAUAGCAUAGAACAAGAAAUCAGAACCUUUCUGGCCCUCAAAGCCCAGUCAGAAAGUCUGUCGGCAAAGCCUCAAAACCUUUCCCAGACUGUUCAGGAUCCACUGUUGCCGGGAAGCAAUAACCAGGCUGGGGACGAUGAGGCUUCUCUCACCAACACGCUGAAAUUAUCACUGAGUCACAAAAAAAAACUUAAAGGGGAAAAGAAAACAGCAAAACUGAUGUCACAGAAAACCCCUAAGGAGUUGGAGAAGGAAAGGCCCCAGGAGGCUAACUGUAGUAAAGGAAAAAUACUCCUGUGCCAAGAGAACCAUCAAUGGAGCAGAGAGUGUAGACCCCAUGAAGCUGAAAAGUGUGUUGAUGAAUCCAGGUGUCAGCUUCUCUCUUCAGAAUUAGCUGGGCUGAUCGAUAAGCACAUGACCCUAGAUCUGAGGCACAGUUUAUCACAGGUCUGUGGUAGAGCGGGUCAGGGGAGAAAUGUGGAACUAGAAAGGUCCGGAACCGAGGACAAAAGCAGUUCGUUGGACAGCGAUGAGGACCUGGAUACUGCAAUUAAGGAUCUUUUGAGAUCAAAGCGGAAACUAAAGAAAAAGCCCAGGGACCACAAAACUCCCUGCAAGAAGAAGGUCAGGUUUAGUGGCACCGAAACACUGUUUUUGGACAAACUUGAUAGCCUCCAAAGAGACUGGAAAGACAACCAUCCCAGUGUGCUGAAGAGCUGCCUCUCGACAUCAAAAAAAGACAACAGGGAGAAUGCAGUGAAAAAGCCUACCCUGAACACCUGUAAGAGCCGGUCAGAAAAUAAUGUCCAGUUUUCAUUCCAAGUCAAAAAGCAAUCUGAUGCCAAACCAGUUUGGGUUACAGAUGGUUUGGAAGCUAGCGAAAAUCGGCACCCCGUGCUAAGCCCCAUCUCAUUGUCAGAUGACAGCAGCGCAGUUGAUAGCGACGAUAGCAUCGAGCAAGAAAUUCGAAAAUUUUUGGCAGAGAAGGCCAGAGUCUCCCUAAAUAGCUCCGAGGGUCCAGGGGGUAACGUGCCGAGCGUUGGUGCAGUGGGUAUCUCUCGUUUGGAGAUGGCUCAUUCGCUGGAGCAUCGGGCUACUUUGUCAUCACAUCAAAGUCAGAGGAGUAAAAUAGCCUCUCAGCCAGGAGCGGGACUGAAAAACUCAGCAAAAACUGUAAUGCAAAGUGCAAUAAACCCCUUAUAUGAUGGUGGGAAAAGUACAUCCUGUACCGAGACUGUCUACCUCCAUUCUACUUUGUCUUUAAAAGCAAAAUGUGAGACAGUGCCUACAGAAAAUAGCACCGGCCACGCGUCUGUAAAAGAAGGACCAAUAGGUCAGAAACACAUCUACAACAGAGACCAAAAUCAAAAAAGUCCUAAAUCCACCAGUAUCGAAAGGGACGUCAGUGAGUUGAGCAAUUGUAUCAGUGCUUUCGCCAGUUCAGGAAAAGAUAGCAGUUUUCAGCUAAAAUUACCUAGCAUGUGUGCGGCUGAUCAAGUGUCUGGUCUUAAAAGGGAGCCAAAUUUGUUUCUGAGCCACAGGCAACUUGGACGGAGUGAUUUAGUCCACCAGGCAGUGCUCCGUAGCUCCACUGCCCUUGACGGUGAAGGUAGAGAAACGGUGAGGAAAGGGAGGCUCGGACAUGAGGAAGAGAAAGGAAUAAAGAAACAGGUAAAGUGUCCUGUGACCCAUGCAAUAAAAGCAAAGCCAAAUCUACCAUUAGCUGCAGCUUAUGUAAAAACGGAGGCGAUGCCUGCUCCGAUUCAGACUCAGCUUUUUAAUUUCAGAGAAAGUGCUUCCUGGAGAGGCAAACGAGCCAGUUUUUUUGAUUCCUAUCGGGGCACUGCAGUGCUAGUACCCUCCAGCCCAGCAGUAAGAAGGAACAAAGUGAGCCCCUGCCCAAUAAAGCAUGAAAGGUCAAAUCUGACCCUCCAGAAGGAAGGCGUGACUUGGCAGAACAGUAAUGUCCAAGCAGGGCUGAAGCGGCAUGAAAUAAGAAACUCGUGCUCUGAAGGAAAAACCUUAAAUUUCAGAGGUAGAUGUACUGAUUCCCAAAGUGACCCAGACCAUGAUGUAGAGACAGAUUCCAGUGAAUUUAGUGACACCCCUAUAGAGGAAUGCAGAAGUGCAUUAGCGAAGGGAAAGAGCCCAAAUUUGUAAGUACACUUUCGUGCAGUUUUCACACCAGUCAUUUUAGAAAUAUUAACUUGGUGUAAGUAUAUUGGUAAAACAGGAACUGAAAAGGGAAAACUAUCCAUUGGUAGAUCCUGCUCUUCAGAUUCUGUGUAAAUAUGUAUACUAAUAAAAACAGUGCUAUUUAACAGGAAUGCCCUGGGUAAAUGUAAGUUUUGUAGAAUUUUGUAAAUUAUUUAAAGUACUUUAACAAAACUAUUUUUAAAAAAUAGUUCAUUUUCUAGACAACGCAGUUGCGAUGUUCAGUAGGCACCAAAUUAUUAGCAACGGUGAGAUGGUGUCCUGGUAAUUACUAUCACCGCCAGAGUGAAAGAGGACUUUUUAAGAUAUUGAGCAUUUGGUCAGUUGCCAGUCAAUAAUUUAAGAUGCUUGAAAAUGCUUAAAACAUAAAAACGAUAACAGGAGGAAUCUUUAAAAUGGCAGCCAAUUCACGUGUUUCAUAGAAGAGGUGCUGUGUUUAGGACAAUCGCUCUCAAAACAAUUUUCCAUCCAGAACAGAACACACUUCUAAGGCAUCACCUCUUACUUAAGUCCGGUCUCAACUGAUCCCAAAAGCGUGUUCUCUAAAAACAUCUCAUCAGGAUUUUGAGAUCAGGAAAAGCUUCAAAGCACAAUUGCAAAUGGGUAAUUCGAAUGGGCUAUUUACUUCUGCAUGUAGAAAUCUCUAGAACGGUUAUUUUUAACGACAGCAUCAAAUGUACUAUACAUUACAUAGUUCUGAGGUCUAGGAGGCAAAAAGCGUCUAACCUUGUCUAGUUACUGUGCAAUUAUAAAAAAGAUUUGUGUCCUACUAAAUUAAGUUUUUUCAGCCACUUUGUUCAUUUUUAACAAUGGUUGCGCAAGACGAAGGUGCAUAUGUUCAGUUUUUUUUUCCCUUAUUGCUGGUGUGUGCAAAACAGUAAGCCCUGUUUAGAACUUGUGAAGAAGGUAGUCAAAGCCUUCUCAGUUUUCUUGGGGUACUUGUUUGAGUGAACACAUUUCAGAUACUUUCAGUCCCCAAAUCAUUCCACCAUUUUUAUGGAACUGUUGCCUGUAUUUCCAACAGAGGUGAACAGAUUAGUCUGUAUUCCCUGUACUCAAUAUUGGAUUUAUUUUCCCACUUUACAUUGAAAUGGUAUCCCUUCUCCCCGUUUUCCUGAUAGAAGGCCGCCUUGAGCCAUUUCAGUAAGGCUGGUGGCUGUUGUCCGUAAUGGGACAAAUGUUGUCAAGGAUAUCUUCAGUGUUGCAUCCCGUGGUCUCUGAUUUGAUGGUACUCUGUAGUGGCAUAGAGUGCCAUUAAUUCUAUGGUAUUAUAAAGGAAAAAAAAAUGGCAGCUUACGUACAGCCUUCUUUUGUGUGGGUAUAGUGCUGCUGGGUAUUACAACUUCACAACAUUCAACAGACUUUUAAUGGUCUGACCAGAUUUUUGAAGAGGAAAAAGAAAUCGUUUUGUUUUAAACUUUUUAGCUGCUCCUAACUAACUUUGCAAUGAUGUAUCUAGAACAAUGUUUUGUCCUUAGUUAUGAAUUGGUAUUUUAAAAUUUAGAUUGGUUUUUUAACUAGGUUCUUUUUUCCAUGAAAAGCUGUAAAUCAUUUUUAUACCCAAAUGUGGAAACACUGUAUUGUCUGUAAAAACUGUGUUUAAUGUCUCUUCAGUUCAAAGUUGCAGUAAGACCCACCUUUAAGGUUUCAGUCUCUGUCUAAAGUUCUGAUUAGUGAGUGUGUGUUUUGUAACAUAUUAGUUCACUUAAGUGCUUCCAGGUAAAAUGCAAUCCCAUGUGAUUUGUGCUUUAAACUUCAUUUAAUUUUUAAACAGCACUUUUUAAAUUAAAACAAAAACUGUUUGGUUUGUAUAUAAGAAAUGGUAUAAAUUCAUAACUUUAUAAAACUAAUAAACUGAGUACUGCUCAU